AUAGAAAAUAGGCGCAAUGGAAAAACUUAACUUCAAUACUAUAGUCUCUCAAGACAAACCGAUGUCUGAUGUGAAGACCAACAAUGACGACAAAGUAAAGAAGAUGUACAUUGUGAUUGCAAUUGAAACUGCAAUGAUAGUUGGUUUGAUGGCUGGAUGUGUUUGCAUAUACCUUAGUACCCGGAAUAUUUGUCCCCUAUCAAAGGGAUACAGAGUGAAUGUGCAUAAUAAAGAUGGGGUGACUGUUAGAGAGGACAUUGAUGUGGACAGAGAACAUGGAGUUGUGAUUCACCAUGUAUCCAACCAGGCCAUCCUUACACAUCGUAAAUUGGGUGUCAGUGUAAUGAGGUUUGCAGCAGAGAAGGAGUGCUACAUUAGAGAGUUGAUGGAUGACCAAGAAAAGGAAUUGGGUGAUGAACAGGACAAAGGCAAUGAAGAGGUGAUUGAUGUAAAUGUUGAUGAAGUAAGAGAAUAUAACUAUGUAAAAUCAGAUAGACCGGUUGACAUGACUGCUCUGGGGGAUAAUAUUGGAGAGUUCUGCAAGGGGACGGAGAUAUCGUGGGUUCGGAAAAAGAAAGAUGAACCAGACAGUGCUCCUAAAGAUCAUCCUCAAGAUCGAGUAAAACGUCAGAAAAAGGGCAAAAUCCAAAGGAAUUCCACAGCCUCAAUAAAGACCAAAUCCCCAAGAAUGGCUACAAC